GUGUACACCGUGAACAAAAAGUUUUAGGACGAUAACAGAAAUACCACUAAAACUUAGGGACUAAAAAACAAAAAAAAAUUGAAAAUUACACAUAUUAGGAAUCUGAUGGAGAUUCCGCUGCCGAGUUCUGGAGCGAUCUUUUUGAAGAUGCAACGGCGAGAAGAGAAGCGUCGGGAGUUUCACGAAGCUCUUCUUCAAACGCUUUAUCCUCCUUCAUCUCCACCUUCUCCGUCUCCGGUAGAGGUUGUUGACGACGAACCAUUCGAUGUAACGCUCAUAAACCCAGAGGAUUACUUGAAAAUUAAUUCAUCGAUCAACGGAGAAGACAACGAAAUCGGAGAUGAAUCGGGGAAUGCUGAGAAACCGAGUAGAGCGCAGAGAAAGAGGUUAAGGAAGAGGUUGCUCAAAGAAGAAGCAGUUCGCCGGAAGAAAGUUAUCAUCGGACCUUUACUUCCGACAGAUGGUAGAAGAGUCUUCGUGGGAGAUGCAAGCGGAAGCAACGUUGAAAAAGAAGAUUCUGAUAGCGAAGAAGAAGAAGAUGAAGCUAGUGAAAGCAAAACCUGCUCACAACCUGUUCGACUAAAUGCCACAGGGGAAAAACAAGUAAAAUUCGAUGACAAUGAUAAGACGAGUAAAGUCAAGAAGAGGAGAGAAGCUAAGAAACUGGCCAAAGAUAGUUCUAAACCAAAUUCAUAUCUCCAUAAUCCAACCCCUGAUCCUAAUUAGGGUUAAGAAUGUACCGAUCUUUAAUGUAAGAAACAAUUAGUUUUUCUUUGAUAAUACAAGGGCAUAUUACUAAAUUUGUAUUUCUCGUUUCUAAGUUC